ACUUCACCUCGAUGUCGCAGCUCGGCAGAAACCUGCUGUCAUCCCGCAGCGAGCGCGACGCCAUGGCUGCAGCGGCGGUUUAGAGCGGACAGACGUUGGAGCCACAGCAUUUUCACUACCUCUCCCCGUGAAUGUCUUCGGUUUGUCUGGACACGGAGAAAGCCUCUGGAGGUGGUGGCGCCGCGGACGCUCUUCAGCUUCUGUGAUCCGGACAUCAGGAAGACGGUUAGCUAGCUAGCUGACGCCAUUAGCGUUAGCGCCUGCUUCUGAUUGUAGCUGGUGACAUGGCGGAACCGGAGCUCCUGUUGGACUCUAACAUCAGACUGUGGGUCGUGCUGCCCAUCGUCUUCAUCACUUUUCUUGUCGGGGUCAUUCGCCAUUAUGUGUCGAUUCUGCUGCAGAGCGACAAAAAGUUGACGUUAGAGCAAGUUUCUGACAGCCAGGUUCUGAUCCGGAGCAGAAUCCUCAGGGAGAAUGGAAAAUACAUUCCUAAGCAGUCUUUUCUGAUGAGGAAGUUCUACUUCAAUAAUCAAGAGGAUGGAUUUUUUAAGAAGACCAAAAGAAAAGUCGUCCCACCUUCUCCCAUGACAGAUCCCAGCAUGCUGACAGACAUGAUGAAAGGCAACGUCACCAAUGUCCUUCCCAUGAUCCUCAUUGGCGGCUGGAUCAACUGGACUUUCUCUGGAUUUGUUACAACAAAGGUUCCCUUUCCCCUCACGUUGCGCUUUAAGCCCAUGCUGCAGCAGGGAAUAGAGCUGCUCUCUUUGGAUGCUUCCUGGGUGAGCUCUGCUUCCUGGUAUUUUCUGAACGUCUUUGGUCUUCGCAGCAUGUAUUCCUUAAUUUUAGGCCAAGAUAACGGUGCAGACCAGUCCAGGAUCAUGCAGGAGCAGAUGAGCGGCGCGGCCAUGGCCAUGCCUGCAGACACAAACAAAGCUUUUAAAGCUGAAUGGGAGGCACUAGAAUUGACCGACCACCAGUGGGCGCUGGAGAGUGUUGAGGAGGACCUCAUGAGCAGAGAGCUGGACUUGGAUGGCAUGUUCAGCAAGGAGCUGCCCACUGGGAUCUUCUGAGGGAGCUGCUGUCAUACUGAAGAGCCUUUUGGUCAUUGCAUGGGGUUUGUUUUUGCUGAAGUCCAUAAAAGCAGGACAAAUUUCUUUAAGUUAUGCAAUGUUUACAGGUUUAUUGUCAUUGUCCUUUGUGUUUAUUUAACAGUUCAUUUCUUCUUGUACCAUUUUACCACUCCAUUGUAGAUUAUAAAUCAUUUAGUUUCUGCUUCCAAGGGUAGAAAAGCAGGGUAGGGACCAGACCACAAUGCUUAGGUGUGUUUAGGUAUGUUAACAGUUCUGUUGUAUAAAUCAUGUUUUGUAUGUGAUACAUUUAGUUUUCACACAAACCCAUUUCUCUUUACUGUGAAAAAGUGUUUCAGUGAAACAUCUAAAGGUGGUAAGACGGGAGAUUUUUGCCUCCGUCAGCAACAUCAGAUAAUAUGUGGAGAGCGAGACGUCUUCUAUUUAUAAAUCCUCGAUCUCCUCAUCACCAAGUUAGUUGGACAGUCCAUUUUGUCGGGAAAUAUUUGUCAUUCAUUUCAAAAUUCCUGUCUAUCAUUCUAAAAGCUUUUAAUUUUUUUUAGAGUUACAGUCACUGUGUGAAUUUUUUUUCUUACCGCUGAAAACAAAAUAAAGUUCUUCAGAAUCCACAUCAAA